UCACACAUACGCAUACGCACACAGGCAGACCCCCCUCUCACUCUGGAGUAGAUAGAGAGCGGUGAAGAGCAGAAGGAGCUGGAUGGCAAGGGAGAACCAGGGGGACGGCUACUGACUGUACAAAGCCAGGAAUCGAGCGUGCAGCCCUGGGUAGGAAAGCAGCUGUGAAAUGCCUGGAAGGUUGCCUGCCAGCUACUCCUGCAGAGACCUGAAGGUGUGGAGCUUCAGCUGAGAAUGGCAGGAGAUUCUCGAGUCCUAAUGGACCACAACAUGGAAAUAGGAGUCACAUCUGCGCAGGUGAAGAAGCUUCCAAAACACUUGCGAGAGGCUCAGAUCUCAACAGAGAGAACCCACCUAAUUUCUGAUCCAGCAAAGAAGCCACGUCAACGAUAUGUGCAGAAAGAUGGCAAGUGCAAUGUCCAUCAUGGAAACGUCCAAGAGACCUACCGUUACCUCAGUGACUUGUUUACUACACUGGUGGACCUACGAUGGCGCCUUAGUUUCUUUAUUUUCACCUUGGUCUAUGUCGUCAACUGGCUUUUCUUUGGCUUUCUGUGGUGGUUGAUAGCACUCAUCCGUGGAGAUUUGGUGCACGCUGACGAGGAGGGCUGGACCCCAUGUGUGGAGAACCUCAAUAGUUUUGUUUCAGCCUUCCUGUUCUCAAUUGAAACAGAGACAACCAUUGGGUACGGGUAUCGUGUCAUCACAGAGAAAUGCCCUGAGGGUAUCAUACUUCUUUUGGUGCAAGCCAUCUUGGGAUCAAUUGUUAACGCCAUGAUGGUGGGCUGCAUGUUUGUCAAGAUUUCACAGCCAAAGAACCGUGCAGAGACUCUUAUGUUCUCGAACAACGCUGUAAUAUCAGUGCGAGACAACAAGAUGUGCCUGAUGUUUCGGGUGGGUGACCUGAGGAACUCUCACAUCGUGGAAGCAUCAAUCAGAGCAAAGCUCAUCCGCUCGCAGCAAACCAAGGAAGGGGAGUUUAUCCCACUCAACCAGACUGACAUCAACAUUGGCUUCGACACAGGAGAUGAUCGGCUGUUUCUGGUGUCCCCCCUAAUCAUCUCCCAUGAGAUUAACGAAAAAAGCCCCUUUUGGGAGAUGUCACUGACGCAAAUGGAGAAGGAGGAGUUUGAGAUUGUGGUUAUCCUUGAGGGCAUGGUGGAAGCUACAGGGAUGACAUGUCAAGCACGGAGCUCCUAUCUGGAUACGGAGGUGCUUUGGGGUUACCGCUUUACGCCAGUACUCUCCCUGGAGAAGGGCUUCUACGAGGUAGACUACAACAACUUCCACGAUGUCUAUGAGACCAACACCCCCACCUGCAGCGCCAAGGAGCUUGCUGCUAAGCUUCGGGAGGAGCCACUGUUGCCUCAGCUUUCGCUCCUCAGUCCUGAGCUUAAAACACACACUUUUGACCGCCUUUCCCAACAGAACCCACUAAGCCAGGAGGAGGACAAAGAGGAGAGAGAUUCAGGGGGUGACAGAGGAGAGACUAAUGGCUCAGCUGCUGCCUUGGAGGAGCCGCCACUUGCUGAUGGACUGCCUGAUUAAUGGGACACAUCAGCAAAAAAAAAAAAACGCAGGGCAGUCUGGACAAAAGGACAAGACAAUAUGAUGCUUCAUUUAGUGAAUGGCCAGCUUUUUUCCAUUGCAAUGUUUGAGGACUUCUGUCUCCAGCUCACUAUCCAUACCAUACCCCUCAACUAGAUCGUCAAUCUAUAGUAUAGAUUGGUUUAGUAGGCACAUACAAAAACACACAACUACAGUAUAUGUAUCUUGGUGGUUCAGAUUGUCUUUUUAUAAUCAUAGUGACCACUUACUGCUAUAACUGCUCAAGUUCUAUAAUUUUAACUUGAGAUAAAACUGGUAGCCAUUGCUAAUAAUGGGCUUAUUAUGGAUACUCCAAUGUUCUCAUUUUAGAGUGUGUUGAUACUUCAUUUAACCACAGUCUCAUAACUCAGCUGAUGUGUCCGACUGCAGCUUCUGUGUGGUAAAGAUAUUGAUUGUUUGUUUUAGAGAGGUUUUUUAUUCCUCUUGAUUCAUUUGUUAUCGUUCUCAAAAAGCACCGUUCAACUAGGAGGGAAUGUCUAAGGCUUCUAGAUCACAUGGACAGGAGGAGAUUUGGAACGUGGUUCUAUAAAAUGCACCAUAUGCUGGUGAUCACAUCCAGUCUUGUUUUUGUUGUUCACACCUUCCUCAUGGUCAUACUCUCAUGUUUUUGUUUAAUUGUUUCACUACACACUAAGAGCCUUGACCUAAAUGAAACCAGCUGGUACUGUACCUCAUUUUCUGGUUCCGAAAUUAGCACUAGGAAUCAGAAAAAGCAAGUUAAAGCCGUAUAGGCUACAGCACAACUAUUUUGAAAUGUUAUUAGUUGGUUCAACAUUUUAUUGUCCUUCCUCCUGCAGCAACUAAAAUAUUAAUUGCAGAUCAUCUUCUUAUAUAAAGCACAAUUUCCCAUGAGGUGACUCCUCAGUGACCUAACCACCCACCUAGAUGCUGCUGCUGGUCAAUGCAUGUCUCUCUUGCUUAAAAGUGAAAUUCAAAUGCAGACUGAAAAACAUUUAUGCUCAACUAAUAUUUGAGAUUUUAUUGAUUUUUAUACAGUAAAUAAAUGAAUAUUUUAAAUGCUCCAAGGCAAAAACUUCUUCUGAUGUUCAAACAUGAUAUUGUACAAAUGCACUAAAGCUACUUUGUAUGUUGAUGAAAGUGGAAGUGCAUUAUUUAUCUCAUGUCAUUACUAUGGGUCAUAUAAAUCCACCCAUGCAUUACCUUAAUGUCUGUGGCGGGCAUCAGGAGCUGAAACCAAUCCCUGCUGUUAUUGGGUCAAAGUUUGGGUACACCCUUGACAGGACCUUCAUCAGUACAUCUCAAGGCACCAUUUGGACUUGAACAGGUUCUUUUGUAACUUUUGCCUCAUCACCUUGAGCUUUCACGCUAUGAUUUCAGGUCAUAUUUUCAACCCACACUUGGCUCUUGUCCAUAAACCACAUACAGUGCAGUAGGACUUUUACUCAAUAUAGAUAGUUGCCCUUGUGAAUCCUGUUUUGGAAGCUGUCACCUCAUGUGUGAAGGCCAUAGUUUACAGUAUUUUUAUGCCUUGUCUUCAAAAGGUCAGAUCAGAGCUUGCAUGCCCCCAAGUGCUGACUAAGUUUAAUACAAUAAGAAAUACAGGGUAUUUUAUGGGCAUGGAAAUCAGAUAAUGGGUUCAUUUAUUUGUUUAAAGACAAACAUGGGUAUUCAUACUUCAAAGUUUCCCCCCAACCAGCCAGUGAAAUGUCAAUUAGAUUUUUUUACAGAUGCUUGUCCAAUCAAUGUGUUUAUUCUCACAGUGACCUCAUUGCAUCUUAUUAUCUAGUCCAUUUGCUAAAUGUUUGUCAUUAGAGGGAGAUCACUUUUCAUUGCUGGAAUAUCAUUGGUUUUCUUGUGUGUUGUAAUGGGAAUAAACCUAAAAUGGCCGAAAGAACAACAUGGUCCUGUUAGAUAACAUGUGCAUGCAUGAAAGAGUAAAGAAGUACAGUAGGUGUGAGGGUGGGUAUACAUAUUGAACAUAUUGAACCUUAAGAGUAAAACCACUGUUAUAGUACCUGAAAACUUAAUUAGCUAUACGUCAACUCAUAAAAGAAAGAUUUAUGGAACCUUUAAUUAUUCAUGCAGAACAAUAUAGUCUUGAAACUUGUUACCUUCAUUCACUGGCUUAAUUUGAACUGAAUUACUGAAAAAUGACACAGCAGCAAUAUCUGGAUUGAACAGCAGUAACAUAAAAAAUGUCUAUAAAGUCGAAUAACUACUAGUA